AUGGCGUCCUUGGAUAUCGGUGGCCAGGGGAAUGUAGUUGGUGAUAUCACAAGAGAUUUACCCUCUUUGAAAUUUGAGAACGCCAUUUCUGAAGAAGAAUCUUCGUAUCUUAUUCUUAGAGCUAGGUCUCACGCAAUCACCGUGUCUGCUUGUGCACAGGCAACGUACUUUGCAGCCAUUCUAAACGCGGCAAGACAGCAUAUUCUGGAGCUGAGGAGUCCUAAGAAGUCCAAGACCUCAAAGUUCCUGCAGGAUGCCCCACCAAGGGACCCUCUCCUGGUUGGAAUUAUUGGGUGUGGUCGGAUGGGACUGCAUCUUGCCAACGCUUUGUUGACAUAUGCCGAUGUGCAACCCAAGGAGUUAGUAGUGUCAACACGACGGCCAGAAACACUUAGUAAGCUUAAAGAGAAAGGGGUCACCUGUAUCUACAACAAUGCUGAAGUGGCUACAUCAGUCCAUCUCCUCUUCCUGUGUGUGCUGCCCUCACAGCUCCCUGGUGUCACAGAAGACAUCAAGGGCAUUAUUCCAUCCAGUUGCACAGUUUACACAUUCCUCGGUUCAGUUCUAAUCCCAAGAUUAAGACAGGUGAUCCAAUGUAGCAGCAUCAUAAAGGCAGUGUACUCAUGGAAGCUUGAGAACGCUGAUGCAGAAUGGAACUACAGCAUGGAAGUCUGUACCACCCUAGAGAACCCACAACAGGUGCAAGUCACGUGUCCGCUAAACCCCAACAAAGAAGAUGCAAUUCUAAGCACGGAUGACAAGUGGUGUGAGAUGAUCCUGUAUUCCUUCGUAAACCUCUGCAUUCGUAUGGGUCUGAGCAAGGAGGAGACCAUUGAAACAUUGAACUUCAUCGUCCUCGGACAGGGUGUGUCCAGGGAGUACACCAGUAAAUUUGUACCGGAGGAUUUCACAAAGAGAAAAGAUAUCUUCCCGAUUUUCGACAUGGCAGCAGUGGCCAGCAACCCCACACCACUCACCCAGACCAUCAUGGAGGACUCAGAGAUUCGCAAGCAAUUUGUCAAGAAGUACAUGAGCAUCUUUGACAAAUUCUACUACUGGAAAGGCAUCAAACAAGUUAAGAAGAAACCAGAUAAGGAAUGAACAAUCAGAAUUGAUUUUCUUUCUUCAAUGUCUUCUGUUUAAAACUGUGUAUAAAGUUGUACAUAGUUUGGACUCUUAAAAAGACACUGGAGACACUAUUGGUAAUUGUCAAAGACCAGUCUUCUCACUUGGUGUAUCUCAACAUAUAUGCAUAAAAUAACAAACC